GUGAGAGUAAAUUAGAAAAAAAAAAAAACUUUGGCCUUAAAAGUUUUGAAGUCUUUCUAUACCGUUAGGAGCCACAUGUUAUUGUUAUAUAUAAUCUUCGUGAGUUUGGCAUUGCCCAAACGUUUUACUCUCACCUUCACCAAAGCCUUUGCCCGUUUCUUUAAACCGACCCACCUCCUUCUCCUCCUCUUCUCUCCCUUUCAUUCUUUUCCGCCAUUUUCAUAAUCAACCUCAAUUCCCUUUUUCAUCUCCUAACUUGACUAACAACGUUCUUGAAUUGAAAGGGUUCCUCUAUUUUUCACAGAAUCGCAGCAUAGCAAGCUCCAAAUCAUCAAUCAAGCUCAUGUCUAUUCCGCCUGAUAGAUCAAACCCACUUCACAACUUCUCUUUGCCGUGUCUCAAAUGGGGUUCUCAAAGAUUCCUCAAGUGUAUGAAGGUUUCUUCAAACUCCAACCCUUCUACCCUUGAUCAUCCUUCUGUUCAUCGCCAAUCGAAAUCUUAUCAAUUUCGUGCCAGACCCAUUGAUUCUAAGGCUAUGAACUUCACCAAGGUUACUUCUCCGAUGAACACGAAUCAUUCCAAACAGAAACCAACCCACGAUCGAAGCAGUUCUAUUGAAAUCAUGCGAGAGAAGAUCAUGCUUGAUAUUAGGGAGGAAUCGAAGAGACUUAAAUUUUCAAUUGCUGAUGAAGGGGGUGAGGAUGAAUCUGCUGCGGCUCGACCGUGGAAUUUGAGGACUCGUAGAGCAGCUUGUAAGGCUCCUCUAGAUGAGAGGAAUCUGGAAUUGGGUUCUUCUUCAACCAAGGCUACAAUGAAGAAGAAGGAGAAGAAUCGGACAGCGUUAACUGUCUCGUUGUCGAAAGAGGAGCUUGAACAGGAUUUUGCGGUGCUGGUUGGUAGGCUACCGAGGAGGCCAAAGAAGAGGCCAAGAGCUGUACAAAAGCAAAUGGAUGCACUGUUUCCGGGGUUGUUACUGACUGAAAUUACUCUAGAUUCAUAUAAAGUUGAAGAUGUUCCUGAAGCUUGAAAGGUUCCAUUUUCUUUCUAUGAAUUGCCAUUUGAGAAUUGGAUAUGCAGGUGAGAGCAUGAAAUCAUUUUGCUGUUGUGGUAACAUAUUCCUCUGUUUCUGUUACAAUAAUGCCAAAAGCAGGAUGUGUAAAUAAUUAGCAAAAUAAACGUUGAAGUAAUUGUAAAUCUUGUUAGCCAAGUUUCUUGGUUGUUGUGUUCACUGUAUAACUCUUUAACUAUCUGAAAUGCUAUACAAUGCAAGGCAUAUUGGUUGUUGGGCAAGGUAUUACCUCUAUUCAAUAGGAGAAAUUUUCUAAUAAGUACAUAUUACCUACAUUGUUGCACUCUGUUGAAGAGAACCCUUUAUGUAUUCUUUGUCAAUUGCUUUGAUGGUAGCUUCAAAAUCCUGACAUAAAAGGUAAAGCCAAUUUAUUUAUUUAUUUCUAUAUAUGCAUUUCGGUGUGAAGCAUACAGAAUAUGCAUUGCUGCAUUGUUCUGCUUUAAAUUUUGACAUUCUUGAUUUCUGAGUUGUUCUUUUUUUCAUUUCUUGCUCGAAUCCUAGUAUAUCAUAAAGUGGAUGAUACAUUCCUUUUUAUCUCUUUGGGUGGAGGAUAGUUGGUACACAUUGCUACAUUUUAGUCGAGAACUAUUUGGGAGCAUUUUAGAUAACUUUUUUUUUCAAUUCAUUUAGUUGGUCUAACCACAAUUUUUCAUGUGAAAAACUUUUUUUCUUUUUUGAGUUCCUUUCUACUAUGAGGUUGAGGUGAGUUGUAAAAAGAUAUGCGAAGUCUAGGAUGCACCAAAGUGUUGCUUAUCCUAGAUAUCAUUUUACCCUAGUACAUUUGUUUGUAGAUUGUUCGGUUUCUAUCAGGCACUUUUUGUUAAGACAAAGUCCUUCCAAGGAGUUUAUUCCACAAGGAAGUCUUUUUACUCAUUCAAGCAAUUGUAAUAGUCCCUUUGGAAGAGGUCUGUAAUGAUCUUAUCCGUACCAUCUUUAAUUAUUUUGUCAGCAAUAUGAGUGAGAUUAAGUCAAUAUCAGUUCACUGGGAGAUCGUCCAGUUAGCUAGACGAACACAGCUUGUUUGGAAUUACUUUCCACGUGCAUAAAAGAACAUGAUUAGUAAGAACUUGAACUUCCUUCUUUAGCUAUUUCUUGAGCCUUCUGCAGUCCACCACCAUGAUUAUAACAGCUUCUACUUCAACAUUGGAGUUACUGGGUUCAAUUUGUUGACUGCCAUGAAGCAUUAUUGUCAUUUACAAGAUAUGCAGCAGCUUUCGGGUAAUUUGUAUUUUUGUCUUGCUUUUCGGAUAAAAACAAUCUCUAUUUCUACCCCUAAGCUUGUCAAGUUUUAAAAUCUAAAUUUGCAUAAAACUAAGUCUAAUGGAGAUAUCAAUGUCGAUGAAAUGUAAACAUAUGGCUAGAAACUUUGAUAGAUACCAUGGGAGUUUCUACUGUUCAGUUAUAAUGACUUUGUUUUCUAAAAUUAAGUGUAAAACAAUGCCAUUAAUUGUGAAGUA